AUGGAUCUUGAUUCACUUCGAAAUCAUUAUGGUAUUUUGAUUGUUUUAAUAACAUUUCUAAGUCGAGUUGUAUUCGUUGGAUUUUGUUGGAGUUAUGGCACUGUUAUUGUCGAAUUUAAAAAAGAAAAUUCGACUUUAUCGGAUACAGAGAUGAGUUGGAUUGGUAGUGUUGGUCAAAGUUUUGGAGGUAUUGUUGCACCAUUAAUACUUUUUUGUGCUCAUCGAUAUGGAUUUCAAUUAUCAUUCAUUAUUUCACUCGUUCUCUGUGUCAUUUCUUUAUUUAUUUCAUCGCUUGUUCAAAAUAUUCGUUGGCUUUUCUUAACCUAUUCACUGCCAUACGGUUUUGCUAAUGCAGCAAUUUUCAUUCUCGGUACAUUAAUUUGUGGCCUUUACUAUCCAGCUCGACAACAUCCAAAACAUAUACUUGUCAUGUGCAUUAUCUCAACUGGAUUUCCGAUGGGUUAUCAUAUAAUGAGUGCAUUUAUAUUUUCUGCAAUCAGAGAAGAUGGUUGGCAAGCAAUGCAACGACGCGUUGGUAUGGUUGAAAUAUUAGUUGCAUGUGUACUUGGUCCAUUUUUUACAACAAAAUGUUUACCAAAUACAUCACAAGGAUAUCAAUAUCCAUCAUUACCACUUAUUCCAGAGAAUACUCGAAAAAUUUAUUAUUCAAAACCAAUUAUCUAUUGGAUGUUAGGAAUAUUUUCAGCUAUGUGUGCAAUAAAUAAUUUUCUUCUUCAUCUGCAUAGUCAUUUGGAAUAUUUACUUAUAUCACCUGCACGAGCUGAUCUUUGGUUUCGUUUACAUGGUCUAUUUGAUGCAUUAUUUCGUUUAUCAAUACCAGUUCUUAUUCGAUUUUAUCCAAUUGAUAUUAUUUAUUUAUUUCCAGCAAGUAUAUUCACCGGUCUUAUCGUAUUAACACUAACAUUUGGUCUACUAUAUACAAGUUUAAAUGCAUUAGCAAUUCUGCCAAUUCUAUUAUUUAGUUUUACAUCGGCUGUUGUAACAGCACUUCAAUAUACAGUUUCGAAUCGAAUCUUUGAAGAGGAUAGAACAGAACAAGGUUAUAUCUAUCAUGUUAUUAUUACAAGUUUAGGUACAAUUGUUGGUCCUGUAGUUGGCGGAUUAUUGCUUGAUAUGACAGGAAGUUAUAAAGCAAUCAUUCCAACAUCAAUCUUUUUUCUUUUCAUUAGUUUUAUUUCAUUUGGUUCUACAAUUUUAUUACUAAAUAAGAAGAAAGCUAAUGAACUUGAAGAAAGUCAAACAGCUUCCAUUCAUCAACAUGAUAAUGUUGCUUAUGGUUCAUCGAAUUAA